CCUUACUUCACUCCAAUAUAACAGACUUGUGCUAAACGAAAAGGGGCACGUCUUGAAAGUUGAAUUGUGGAUUCGCGGAAUUUAAUGUUUCUUCUGACUGCCGAUCACAUUCCUAUUUCCCCCCCUUCUACCGAGUCCUUCACCCAUCGAUUCAGGUGACGUUCGCCUGAGACUGGUAUACUUCUCACGAGUGCUAUAUUAUUCUCAAUUGCUCUGGAAGACUGGAAUUUCGGGUUUAAUAAUGUCUUACGAACCACAAAACUGAAAGCUAGAUUCAUUACAUGAAUUUCAGGGAUCCCCUCAAUCAUCAAUAAAUGAUUGAUUGCGUAAUCUCUGAUUCAACUCAUUUCGAUUGAUUCCUUUGAUGCUUUCGCUCGUGAACAAAUGCCCAUUUUUUCUCUAGGCAUUCCCAUCACUGGUUGGCAUACCAUCUAAAUAUGGAGAAUUUCUUCUGUGGAUCUUUGCUGCUAUUUCUACUUUUAGCAGCUGCUAUAUUUAAUUGGAGUAUAAUAUCACUAGUAUAUUUGGCGGUGUUUCUUGUCCUUCAAUUCAAUCUUCCAAGAAGAGAUUUUCGUUUUUGUUCGUUAUAUAUGUUUUUGUGGGGAUGUGGCAUAUAUUCACUGCUCAUUGCUCUUCUACAAGCAAUUUUUGUUGUCAUAUGGGUAAUCAAGGAGGGCAAAUGGUCCCUGGCAGACUCAUCGUGGGUGAAGCUGAUUGGGUUCUUGAGCUUCCAGUCAUGGAGAUCUCCGACUGGAAUAUUCUAUUUGGUUUUACAAGUACUAGUGGGCGUUGUUUGUCUAGCUUGGAUAUAUCAGCACAAACUGGGUAUGGUCCCUUGGCGAGGUUCAUGCUGGGGGAACUUCUUGUCAUUUUUGGCGCAAUUAGGUUCGUACAUCAAGGUUGUGUCCUGCUUCUUGUUGCCUGCCAUCCAGUUGGUAGUGGGGAUAAGCCAUCCGUCUUGGGUGUCUUUGCCCUUUUUCAUCUGUAGCUGUGUUGGAUUAGUGGAUUGGUCUUUGACAAGCAAUUUCUCAGGUCUUUUUAGGUGGUGGAGGUCUCUUCAGCUCUAUUCUUGCUUCAUUAUACUCCUACUUUAUAUUCAUCAGCUCCCUGUACUUUUCCCCACAUUGCUUCAACAGAUAGCUAACUUUAUUGGCCUUUACAAGAUAUCUGUGGAAUCUGGGUGGCUGGAAAUAUGUUCUAGCCUUUCCCUCAUUUUUUUCUACACAACGCUAUCAUUUGUCAAAAAUGAUUUGGAGGAAAUGGAAUUCAUGAUGUCAAGCACAGAAAGUGAUUUGACCGAGCAACUUCUUCCUGCGAGGCAUUCUUUUUUUAUUCGUUUGUCAAGGUCAGGAGAGAGGCAUACCAAUGUUUUGGUGAAAGCUGCUGUUUUUCGGACUUUUACCAUCAACUUUUUCACAUAUGGUUUCCCGCUAUCCUUGGUUGCUCUUUCCUUCUGGAGUUUCCAUUUUGCAAGUAUAUGUGCUUUUGGAUUGCUGGCAUAUGUUGGCUACAUUGUAUAUGCUUUCCCAUCACUAUUUCGUUUGCACCGGCUGAAUAGUCUCUUGCUUGUGUUCAUACUCUUGUGGGCUGUCAGUACCUACAUAUUCAAUGUGGCAUUUUCAAUUUUGAAUUGGAAAUUAGGGAAGGACCCAGAGAUCUGGGAGCUUGUUGGUUUGUGGCGGUACUCAACUCCUGGAUAUUUCCUGAUCGCUCAAUUUGGUCUUGGUUUUUUGGUUGCUGUUGGUAAUCUUGUGAACAAUUCAGUGUUUACAUACCUCUCUAAUGAGAAUGGUCAUAUUCCAAAUGGUGGCUCUACAAUAGAAGUUAAGGAGGAGACCAAGGUGCUUAUGGUUGCCACAAUUGCUUGGGGGUUGCGGAAAUGUUCUCGGGCUAUCAUGUUGGUUUUGAUAUUUCUUAUAGCCAUGAAGCCUGGAUUCAUGCAUGCUAUUUACAUGAUAUUUUUUUUUAUAUAUCUCCUGGGCCACAGUAUCAGCACGAAGAUAAGGCAGGCAUUAAUUCUUCUGUGUGAAGCUCAUUUUGCAUUGUUGUACAUUCUUCAGAUAAAUCUGAUAUCUAAGAAUCUAAAGCAUGAAGGCUCGUUAAGCAGGGAAAUUUUGUCACAACUAGGUCUUCUAGAUUGUGAUAGCUCAUGGGAGUUUUUGGAAAUAGCUCUUCUUGCAUGUUAUUGUGCCAUACAUAAUAAUGGAUUUGAUAUGCUGUUUUCAUUCUCAGCAUUUGUACAGCAUACACCUUAUCCUCCAAUUGGUUUUAGUGUGCUUAAAGCUGGUUUGAACAAGUCAGUUUUAUUGUCAGUUUAUUGCUCUUCAUCUGAUGGGGACAGCAAUAGUGGAACUUCUGAGAGAAGAAUAGCAUCAUACCUGAGUGCUGUAGGGCAGAAAUUUCUUGCAGUAUACAGAUCAUGGGGAACCUAUAUUGCUUUUUUGACUAUACUUGUUGCUGUGUACCUGGUCAGACCCAAUUAUAUAUCAUUCGGAUAUAUAUUCCUUUUACUUUUCUGGAUUAUCGGAAGGCAACUUGUUGAACGGACAAAAAGACGCCUGUGGUUCCCUUUGAAAGCAUAUGCCAUUUUGGUGUUCAUCUUCAUGUAUUGCCUCAGCAUAUUUCCUAGCUUUCAGUCAUGGCUGUCCCAUGUUGUUGAUCUUUAUCCAAACCUGGGAUAUAAGCCUGAUGCUUCUAUGUUGGAUAACAUCUGGGAAUCUCUGGCCAUUUUGAUUGUGAUGCAACUCUAUAGCUACGAAAGGAGACAGAGCAAGUAUACUGAACCAAUUGAUGCUAAUGUGCUGCAGUCAGGGACACUUGGUUUUAUAAGAAGGUUUCUGAUAUGGCAUAGCAACAAGCUUCUGUUUGCUGCUCUGUUUUAUGCAUCCAUAUCCCCUAUAAGCGCAUUUGGUUUUCUGUAUCUUCUAGGCCUCAUCAUCAGCUCAACUUUCCCCAAGACAUCAAGGGUCCCGUCAAAGUCUUUUUUAGUUUAUACAGGAUUUGUAGUGAUGGUGGAGUAUCUAUUCCAGAUGUGGGGUCAGCAGGCAAAGAUGUUCCCUGGUCAAUAUCACUCUGAUCUGUCUCGUUUCUUGGGUCUCCAAGUAUUUGGGCCUGGAUUUUGGGGCAUAGAAUCAAGCUUGAGGGGGAAUGUUUUAGUGAUUGCUGCAUGUACUCUCCAAUACAAUGUUUUCCAUUGGUUAGAUAGGAUGCCAAACACUGAUGUUUUGAUAGGUGAAUGGGAGGAGCCGUGUCCAUUAUUUGUCACAGCUGAGGAUGAUGCAGUUACUGUGCAUAACUAUGAUGAAGAAAACAUAUUGUUGUCUCAAUCUACAUCAUCUGAUAAGCAAACGACAACAGCAAGCUAUACAUGGCAAUCACCUACUACUGGUCGUCCUAAACCAUUGCUUUCCCAGAGAGACUCUGAGAAUUCUAGAUCUGUAAAUUUUUCAAUUAGAUACUUCUGGGGAAGUAUCAAGGAGAGUCAGAAGUGGAAUAAGAGGAGAAUUCUUGCACUAAGAAACGAGAGAUUUGAAAUGCAAAAAAAAACGUUGAAAGUUUAUUUGAUGUUUUGGAUUGAAAAUAUGUUCAACCUCUUUGGUCUGGAAAUCAACAUGAUGGUUUUGCUUCUUGCUAGUUUUGCCCUCUUGAAUGUUAUUUCAUUGCUCUACAUUGGUUUGCUUGCCGCUUUUGUUCUUCUGGAUCGACGCAUUAUUCGCAGGCUAUGGUCCAUGUUGGUUUUCCUCUUUGCAUGUGUCCUGGUUCUUGAAUACUUUUCUAUCUGGAAGAAUCAGUUUUCUUUGAAUCAUUCAUCUCCAUUAGAGACUACUAUCCAUUGUCAUGACUGCUGGAAAAUUUCAAAGCUACACUUUCAGUUUUGUCAAAGCUGUUGGUUAGGACUUGUUGUGGAUGAUCCUCGAAUGCUUAUGAGUUACUUUAUAGUCUUCAUGGUUGCUUGUUUCAAGCAGCGUGCUGAUCGAUCACCCAGUUUAUCAGGUUCAGUUACGUAUCAUCAGAUGAUGUCUCAACGUAAGAACAUAUUUGUUUGGAAGGACCUCUCGUUUGAAACAAAAAGUAUGUGGACUAUUUUUGACUAUUUGAGACUUUACUGCUAUUGCCAUCUCUUGGAUCUUGUGCUCACUUUGAUUUUGAUAACUGGAACUCUCGAGUAUGAUACGCUGCACCUUGGAUAUCUAGCUUUUGCCUUGGUUUUCUUUCGGAUGAGAUUAGAAAUUCUUCGAAAAAGGAACAAGAUCUUCAAGUUCCUGCGCAUAUACAAUUUUGUUAUCAUUGUUCUGUCUCUUGCCUAUCAGUCUCCCUUGAUUGGGGUUUUCAAUGAAGGGAAGUGUGGAACUGUCGGUUACAUAUACGAGGUCAUAGGAUUUUAUAAAUAUGAUUAUGGGUUUCGAAUCACUUCAAGAUCUGCAUUGGUUGAAAUCAUCAUCUUCAUGUUGGUUUCACUGCAGUCAUAUAUGUUCUCUUCUCCAGAGUUUGAGCAUGUAUCACGAUACCUUGAGGCCGAGCAAAUUGGAGCAAUUGUACGUGAGCAAGAGAAAAAGGCUUCAUGGAAAAAUGCCCAAUUGCAGAACAUCCGCGAAACCGAGGAAAAGAAAAGACAACGUAAUAUGCAAGUGGAGAAGAUGAAGUCAGAGAUGCUUGAUCUACAAGUCCAGCUCCACAGCAUGAACUCUCCGGGAAAUUGUGUUCAGGUAUCUCCUGAAACUGGAGGCUUAAGGAAGAGGAGAAGUGCAUCAUUUAUUAUGGAUAAAGAUAUAACCGCUGGUGGUAAGGAGUCUCUAAUCCCUACAUUUAACUUGGAUGGAGAUUUUAGGCCUACUCAUAAGGAAGAGUUACCACUGAAAGAAGGAAAGACGAUUUCUGGUGAUCUCAUGCAGUAUUUAGAAUUGCUUGGUUCUCCAGUUAGCAAAAAUUCUGAAAGUCCAACUGCAGAAGAAUCGAAAAGGCAAGAAUCAGAAGUUUUUUCUUUUGGUGAAAUUACUGAAAUUGAGGAUCCUGUUCAUCAUACUGUAGCUGAAGGAAAACGAGAUUGCUCUAAAGGUCAAUCAAAGGAUCACCCACUAAAAUCUGCAGUGCAGCUGAUAGGUGAUGGUGUUUCUCAAGUGCAAUCUCUCGGAAACCAAGCUGUUACCAACCUUGCUACUCUCUUGAAUGUAUCUCAUCAGGAUGGUGAUUCGAGUAGUCAUUCAUCUGAAGAAGAUGGAAGAUUUAGUGAAAUGGAGAGGAGCCGAAAUGCUGAAUAUGUUCGUUUAGACCGUACAUCUUCUUUACAGUCUGACAAGAGUACUAUGUCCGAGUCUGUUAGGCUCCAGCUUUUGCGGAUCUUUCGACACAUAUGGUCCCAGAUGCGCUCUAACAACGACAUUGUUUGUUAUUGUUGCUUUAUUAUAGUCUUCCUUUGGAACUUCAGUCUGUUAUCCAUGGUGUACCUUGCAGCUCUUUUUUUGUAUGCUCUGUGUGUUAAUACUGGACCAAGUUAUACCUUCUGGGUUGUCAUGCUUAUCUAUACCGAGUUCUACAUCUUAGUUGAAUACUUCUAUCAAAUUAUCAUUCAACACUGUGGGUUGAUCAUAAAGUUAACAUUCCUUCAAGAGUUGGGUUUUCCUCAUCAUAAAAUCAAUUCAUCGUUUGUGAUAAGCUCAUUACCUCUCUUUUUGGUCUACCUAUUUACACUUUUACAAAGCUCCAUCACUGCACAAGACGGUGAUUGGACUGCUUUAUCAGAAUUUAGUGCUUUCAAAAGAAAAAUGCGUGACAACAAGUAUGUCGGUACAUACUCUAGCUGGAGUGAGAAGCUUUAUAAACUUUUCCAACCAUUGAAAGAUGUACUGGAGAUGAUGGCUAGAAACUGCUUGAGGUACUGGAAAUCUCUAACCCAUGGAGCAGAAUCUCCUCCAUACUUUGUUCAGCUGUCCAUGGAUGUUGGAUCAUGGCCAGAAGAUGGCAUUCAACCAGAGAAGAUUGAAUCAGGUACGAACCAAUUGCUUAAGAUUGUCCAUAGUGAACGGUGCAAGGAAGAAAACCCGGAUCUUUGUCCCUCAGCUAGCAGGGUUAACAUUCAGAGCAUAGAGAAAAGUCAAGAAAACCCCAAUGUAGCUUUGGCUGUUUUCGAAGUCGUACAUGCUGCUCCAUUAGAGGAAUGUGUUUCAAUGGAUUGGUCAAAGUCACUUACCCCAGCUGCUGAUGUUGCAAAAGAGAUACUUAAUGCAAAACGCUCUGGAUUUAUUGAAGAAGUUGGGUUUCCAUAUCCUAUACUAUCAGUAAUUGGUGGUGGAAAAAGAGAAGUUGAUCUAUACGCUUAUGUGUUUGGAGCUGAUUUGGCAGUUUUCUUUCUGGUUGCUAUUUUCUACCAAUCAGUCAUUCAAAAUAAAAGUGAGUUUCUUGGUGUCUAUCAACUUGAAGAUCAAUUUCCUAAGGAGUAUGUGUUUGUUUUGAUGAUUAUCUUUUUCUUGAUAGUGGUCGAUCGAAUUAUUUACUUAUGUUCAUUUGCCACUGGGAAAGUGCUAUUCUAUCUUUUCAACCUUGUACUCUUUACAUAUUCAGUUACUGAAUAUGCCUGGAAUAUGCAACCAUAUAAACAGUAUGCGGGAAUUUUAGCACUUCGUGCAAUCUUUCUAACAAAAGCAGUGUCCCUAGCACUUCAGGCUAUACAAAUCCGCUAUGGAAUGCCACACAAAAGUACACUGUAUCGUCAAUUUUUGACCAGUCAAAUUUCAAGGAUUAACUACCUCGGCUAUCGACUUUAUCGUGCUCUUCCCUUCCUUUAUGAAUUACGGUGUGUGCUUGACUGGUCGUGCACAACAACAUCAUUGACAAUGUAUGACUGGCUCAAGUUGGAGGACAUAAAUGCAAGUUUAUAUCUUGUCAAAUGUGAUGCCAUUUUGAAUAGAGCGAAUCAUAAACAAGGAGACAAACAGACAAAAAUGACCAAGUUCUGCAGUGGAAUUUGUCUCUUCUUCAUUUUGAUAUGUGUUAUAUGGGCUCCUAUGCUGAUGUACAGCAGUGGAAAUCCCACCAACAUUGCAAAUCCCAUUAAAGAUGUCAGUGUUCAGGUUGAUAUUAUGUCAAAUGGUGGUAGGCUGACCCUCUAUCAGACGACGCUUUGUGAAAAACUGAAGUGGGAAAACAUCAAGGAGAAGGUUGAUCUUGACCCUCAAGGUUUCUUGACUACAUAUGAUAAGAAUGAUAUUCAGUUAAUAUGCUGCCAAGCCGAUGCUAGUACCCUUUGGCUUGUUCCAGAAGUUGUUCAAAUGAGAUUCACCAAGUCUCUUGAUAUGGGCAUGGAUAUGGAUAUAAUAUUUUCUUGGGUGCUCACGAGGGAUAGACCUAAAGGGAAAGAAGUUGUGAAAUAUGAACAAGAUAUUACAAAUGAGUCUGACCUUCCUAAAAGAUCAGAGGUCCAGUCUGUUUUCAAUGGUUCUAUGAACAGUUUUCGAGUGUACAACAUCUUUCCGAGAUACUUCCGAGUUACUGGUUCUGGUGAUGUGAGGCCGUUUGAACCAGAGGUAAAUUCAGUCAGCGCAGAUCUAGUCAUCAAUCGUAGGAAUCCUGAAUGGUGGUCAUUCUACGAUGUCAAUCCGUUAAAUGUUAGUAGAUGUGAAGGCUUGACUGGACCUGCAGCUAUCGUGGUCUCAGAAGAAACACCUCAGGGCCUUCUCGGCGAUACUUUAAGCAAGUUCAGCAUCUGGGGUCUCUACAUUACAUUUGUGCUUGCUGUUGGCCGGUUCAUCAGGCUACAGUGCUCGGACCUGAGAAUGAGGAUCCCAUAUGAGAACCUUCCUUCGUGCGAUAGGUUGAUAGCUAUUUGUGAGGACAUUUAUGCAGCAAGAGCAGAAGGUGAACUAGGAGUAGAGGAAGUUCUUUAUUGGACCUUAGUGAAAAUUUACAGGUCGCCACACAUGCUGCUUGAAUACACCAAACCCGACUAGAUGUUAGCAAUGAAAAUGUCGGAAAUUGUCAAUAUGCUAGUGGACAUAGAAGUUUUCUCAGCAGGACGCUGACCCAGCACUGAAGCUAAUCUUGAAAGCCAGGUUUCUAGCAUAGUUUCGUUGAUUUUUUAUACUUCGAAUAAUGUAAAUGAAAGAAUCCUGGAAACGAGCAAUACUCCGCUAAAAAUGUGGCUAACGACAGGCUCUUCUUGUCAAGAAUUUGUGAUUACUUGGUCUGAUCCCGAUAGGUUGGAAGCGACAUAGCUACAUAUAAAAGCUGUAUUUCAUUUGUGCUUGAAAAAUCUCGUGUAAAUAUAUAUUUCUGUAGUAGUAGAAAUUUGAGCAUAUUGUAUAUAACUAAUCGGAAUCAUGUAAUUUGUUAAGACUGGUGCUUCAUUAAUAUCGAAGAUGUACUUUCUGGUA